CAGUGGAUUCUCCAAGCGGCGCAUUUCCUCGAUUUUAAAAGCGCCGCGUAAAUCGAUUAGGUUACCUGAGCCAGAGCAACAGGAAAACGUGGUGGAGUGUGCCAAAUCUGUGGAAAAGAGAAAUUCAAGAAGAGUCAGUUUUGCCCCUGCGAACGAUGUUCUUCUGUUUUCAAAGGAUGUAAAAAAUGUCUCUCCUGCUCGAAGUCCUUUACAAGACUUAAUGACAACAGCAGCGGCAGACACACAAAAUAGGGUCCAGUAUGUUGUCACAGAAGAUGGGAUUCAACAAAUCACAGGAAUGGACACCCUGUUGAGUGCUCCUCUACAUACUACUCGCCAAAGGGAUACGGUCAACUUUGAUGCUGGGCUUGGAUUUGGGGAGAAAACAGUGUUGUUUUCUACGGAUGAUGCACUCAUGGACAUGACCCAAAGUCACACUAUAAACAUAGCCAGGGAUGAGGACUUACUUGCAGAUAUCUCCCUGCAAAACUACCAUAUUUUACCAACCGGAGGAGAGAAAACGGUGAUAUCUGUGAACGGUGGAUCCAUGGGUAUGACCGUGAAUCAUCCAGUUAACAUGCCAAGUGGCUCAGCAACUCUACCCACCAGCAGAAACAUGGAUAUAAGAGCAGAGAAGAAAAACACAUCAUCAGCUGUGCCUUCUGUGGAUCCUGAAUUUGAAAACUUCCUUGCAAAUCUCUCCAAGCCAAGUCGCCCCAUCGUAAACCCUGCAAUCACCAGAACAGCGCCUCCAGCUGGAGCAUCCUCUGGACAGUCGAACAGCUCCCUUUCUCGGAUCAAAACACAACAAGCUGAUGUGGAUAAAGAAAACCAAGUUCCUUCUUCUGUUUCAGCGUUUAUGGAGAAGACGUUAAAUAUGCCCAGUGUACUCUAUCCAGAGGAUGACGUGAGCAUGGAUAUGACGGGAGCUCAGACAGGCCGUAUUCAGGCUUUCACUGAUGAUGAUGAUGAUCCAUUCCAGUGCCUUUUUCCCUCACAAGAAAUGUACUCCCACCUUGACAACAGAGCGUCACAGACGACAGUGAAGAGUAAACAACAGCAGAGCAGGAAAACACUGCCAUCAUCCAACUCUACAGAUAUGACGUCCCUGAGGAAUUCUUCUCUACGUGCUUCUCUUCCAGGGCAACGGGUCAACCUUGACUCAAAAGAUGAACACAGAGAGAAAACCAUUGUGUUCACUGCAGGUGAUGACUUUAUGGACAUGACUCAGAGUCAGACUGUAAACAUCGCCAGUGGUUCAUUUCCCCCACAGAAUAAAAAUGUGGCCGUGCUUCAGACUGGUAGAAAAGUAGACCAUUCUUUAUCACUGAAGGAGAGAAAAACUGACGGCUCGUCAACCAAUGGUGUGGACGUAGGACUUAAAAGCUUCCUAGCAAGUCUCUCCAAACCAAGCGGCCCAAGUGCCAACCCUGUGAACGUCCGGAUGGUUCCUCCUACUGCAGCAGCCUCCAAGAACUGUGGAGAAACAUUUAGAGGAGAUGCAAUCCGUGGAAUGGAAGUUCAGACCAGCCCCAUCAUGGGACCGGCGGGCUCAGAUGACCCUUUUCAAUUUCUUUUACCCACUAAAGACAUGCAGCCGAACAGUGGCAGUCUGCAUAGUGCAAAGAUGACCUCAGGACGGAAGAACAGUAAAGUACAAGGAUCGUUUAAUCAUGCAGGUAUGGGUACUUCAUUGGAGCCAUCUUUAAAGACAAAGGGUCAAAGAAAUCUGGUCAGAGUGGAUUUUGAAGAUGACGGCGGGGAGAAAACAGUGAGAUUUACUGCCGAUGAUGCAGCUAUGGAUGUGACAAGAAGUCACACAGUGAACAUUGCCAAUGAUGUUAUCCAGCAGCCACGCCAACAUGUGGACUAUUCACCUGCCUGUGGAGAGAAAACAGUAAGGUUCACUGCAAAUGAUGCAGCCAUGGAUGAGACAAGAAGCCACACUGUAAAUAUUGCAGCUAGUUUGGAACCGCACAAAAGAGUGGACUCCUUACCUAAUUGUGGAGAGAAGACAUUGAGGUUCACUGCAAAUGAUGCAGCCAUGGAUGAGACAAGAAGCCACACUGUAAAUAUUGCAGCUAAUUUGGUACCAGAACAACAACAAAAAGCAGACUUCUUACCUACUUGUGGGGAGAAGACAUUGAGGUUUACUGCAGACGAUGCAGCUAUGGAUGUGACGAGAAGUCACACUGUAAAUAUCGCUGCCAAUCUGGAACCGUACCUUCAACAAAAAGUUGACCUCUUACAUUCUUCUGGAAAGAUGACACUGAGGUUGCCUGCCAAUGAAGCGGCAAUGAAUGUAAGAAGAAGCCACACAGUCAAUUUUGCCACCAAUUCGGAACUCCAACAAAAAGUGGACAACUUACCUUCUGAUGAGAAGACAUUGAGGUUCUCUGCGAAUGAUGCAGGCAUGGAUGUAACCAAGUGCCUCACUGUAAAUAUUUCCACCAAUGUGGAACCACAACUACAACAAAAAGUGGGCUUCUUACCGACUUCUGGAGAGAAUACAUUGCGGUUUGAAACUGAUGCGACCAUGGAUGUCACACAAUGCCACACAGCAAAUAUUGCCACCAGUUUUGGAGCACAGUCCCACCAAUAUGUGGAUGUUUUGCCAAAUUUUGGAGAGAAAACACUGACGUUUGCCGCAGACGAUGCAGCCAUGGAUGUAACCCAGUGCAUCACCGGAAAUAUUGCAAGCAUUUCACUUCCAGAUCCAGUUCUUUUAAACAAAGAAUCCAACAUUGUAUCCACUCAGGAAAACAAGGACUUUAAGAGUAAUGAAAUUGAACCAUGUCAGCAGCGCAGAAAUAGUUCUCUAACAACACACACUUUGGAUCAAGGAUUUAAAAAGUCCCUGUCCAAAACUGGGGGCUCCUCGGCGUAUACUGACAUAACCAAGGUGGCCUCUCAAGAAACUGAGACACCAGAUGGUUUCCCAAACCAAUGCAAAACCCAGAAAAAUGAUGUGGAUACAGAAAUAGUGGCUUUUGAUUCAGUUACUAUUGAGAAGCAAGUAAAUGAAACCAUGAGAGAAGAAGAUGGAAACAUGGAUAUGACUGAGGCUCAAACAGGCAACAUUCUAAGACAAACACGUACAGAUGAAUCACCUCCAGGCUUUUCAUCCACUCAGGACAUGAACCCUGACUCUGACCAUUUCAGGAAAACAGAAAUGACUUUCCAGACCAAUGAAGCACCAGGAUCAUCCAACGCUGAUAGUGUGAACAUCACAAACCGUCCAACUCCUCUUGAUUCCAAUGAAAGUGACACAUGGAAAGAAGAUGAACCAAGAAAUCAAACUUGCUCUUUGUCAGAGAAGAUUGAAAGUUCGCCUGCUGCUGUUGACCAUGAUGUUGAUGCAGCGCCUUCACGAAAGUCUAGAAGGAGGAGCAUAGCUGAUCUUCAAUCAAAACUAAGACGUUUGAGCCAUUUGAUGAAUACAAACCCUGAUGCUGUUACCAUGGAAAGCUCCACUGCCCCCUUGCCUAUGCCAGAGCACAGCUUGGAGAAAAGCCUGAAAGACAAAACAAAAUCCCUAGAGGUUAUGGAGUCUGAACUGGAAUGUGAUCUGAUAAAUGCAGAUGAAAAUAUACAAGCUCAGCGUCUUCUGCAAGAACAGCCCUCUUCUCCUGCCGCAACUCCAUUCAACCUGAAGACUAAACAACUCAUGUCAAGACUCUCAGUCGGAGGCUUUAAGGCGAAACUCCCCCAAAGAACCAAACCUGAUGAAUCAAAGAAGGUCAAUUCUGUUGGAGAGCAUACAAGGACAAUGACCGUAAAUGUCACUAAUCAACUGAGCAACUUCGACGCUGAUGUGAGUGACAUCAACGAUGAGGAACUUGGUAGCUGCGAAGACAUGUCAGAAAUGAUCGACACAAGGACUCCUCAGAAAGUCACAGAAAAAGGCAGUUUCUCUCAGAAGUCAAACAUGGAGGAAAGUUUAGAGGAUGAUGUGUUCGAACAAGACUCUAUUAGUCCCGUCUGUGGAAACAAGCGACCUUUGCCAGUAGAUGAGAAUAAUGCAGGGGAGUAUGAGAAGAGGAUGAAAGCAUCCGCUGAGACGCUCGCUGAUGUUGAAGAGGUAUAUCAGUCUCAUGUAGACAUAGCUGCAGAGAGUGACGGUAACAUGACUACAGCUCCAAGCAUGACAACACAGCACACGGAUUUCUCCAACAGCAGUCACACAGCCAGCAGAUGUGAAGCUACUUUUGAAUCAACUUUCAAACACAGCAUGUUUGAAUCACAGCUUGAAGACUACGCCAACGAUGUACAGAGGAAGUUCGAUGAUGGCUCCAUAACAGUGAUAGAGUUCCUCAAACUCUUCAACAUCGACUUUGUCAUCCAUAAUCCUCGGCAAAGUGUCCUCCCUGGCAGACUUUUGACAGACACUGAUCGCACACCGAUUGAUUUACUCAAAGACAGGCAUAUCAACCGUCCUAAACAGAGUGUGUACGAGACCAACAUCCUUGAACUGACAGGAAAAGUGGAAGAGUUGAAGGGGCGAAUGCGGGACCUGGACAAACCACUGCGGGUCGUUAAUGAAGCUUUAUGGGAAGAAAUGAGAAACGUUUCAGAGAAGGAUCUCAAAUAUUUUGGUGCCAAACUGAAAGAGAGAAACAACCUGUUCAGAAAGACGAGCAAAGUCAAGUCACAUGAGAUGAAGGAGGUCUUGUACUCGCAACUUGUGCAGGCAAAUCUGGAGGAGCAGCAGAAGUUGAGAGGACGGAUCGAGAAAGCGGACGAGAUGAUACAAAGUCUGGAUGACUGCAUUCAUGAGUUAGAAACAGAAAUGUCUGCAGUCGAAGAAAAGGGAACGGAAGACACACCAAGUUUGAGGUCACUCCAGGAAGAGCUGCAGGUUGUCACUGACACGCUGGCAGAUAAAGACAGACUAAUAUCAGAGCUGGAGAUGCAGAACACGCAGAACUCAAGUAAACUGAACAGGCUGAUCGCUGAGACGAGGAACCAUGAGAGCCACGUGGACGCUCUGAAGACGUUGAAUGAAUGGAAGUUUGGAGAGAGGAGAGACGACUGUACAGUCUACACCUUUCUUCAUGACACCUUCCAUCUCGAGCUGCUGUAUGACAAAUCCAACGAAGAUGAAGCUCAAAAUCAAUCGGAGAGGAAGAUAUCCCACAUCGUGUUCAACCUUCACCUCGAUGAUGAGAAGUCUCAUGACCACGCUCGCCUCGUCCACAAACUGCUCUCUGGGUACAUCGAAGGAGAAACUUCCUGGGUGGAGAAGUAUCCGACGAGCAAACACGUUCCAAAGCUGCUCCACGAUGUGAGUCACGUUGUGAGUCACUGUCGCCUGCUGGGGGAGGAGCUGCGUCUGCUCAAAAUGUGGGGGGGUCUGAGGCUUGAUAUUCUUGACAUCAGCUGUGUGGACACUCAAGUGCACAUUGUCUUCAGCAGUCUCAAGAAGUUUUCCAAGUUUGAGGUGAUCUUCUCUGUCAGCCUGAAUGACCAACUCUGUGUCCUUGGAGUGCAGAGCUUUAAAAACCUGAUCGGAAGCACGACGAUUGAACAGAUUGAAGAGAUUGUGGCAUCGUUCAGUCCAACCAGGAAACACUUGACAAAGAUUGUCAAAAAGAUUCAUGAAAAUCUGCUCUGCUGAGACCAGGAUGUAAAAUAAAAAUGUUCAGGAAAAAAAUCAAUAUAUUAACUGGCUUUUAUGUUG